ACAUCUGUGCCCUGUCUUAUCGCCGUGGCUUCCGGCACAAACCGUCUUAAUCACCUGCUCGGCAUCUCGCCCCGGAAGCGGGAUCUUCGGCGUCUGUGGGAGGCGCACUAGUCGGCGUGGAGUGGUACAUCUGCACGAGGCCCCCGUCCCGAAGAGACUGAAGCAGGCUGCAGAGAUGUUUCGAGCGCUUAUCUUGGCCUACGUUGCUGUGUCCCUGGUGUGCAGCAAGGAGCCGAGCGCCGUGACAGAGGCGUCGAAGAACUCAGCCUGCGAAGUAAACUUGGGAGUGAAGAUAAAGUCGCAAUCAAGCAAAACGUUUCCCCUCGAGAAAAGCACUAAGUUCGCCGUCAGAAGAGACGGACGACGAAAUGAAACCAAUUUCAUUGUGCACUUAUCUGACGCGGACAACAACACCCUACUCGAUCUUUCCUUCAAUGAAAACGCCAUGCGUGUGAGAAUCCCCAUUCAAUUUCAGCUGCACAACGAAAAGUGGUCGAACAUCUCCCUCUUCCUCGAAGACGCCGCGCUACGCGUGCUCGGAGAUUCUUGGGACGUCGGCGUGACCCAGAUUGAAGGCCUGGGCAAUGUCACAGGGUUUCGGAUCGAAACCGUCCCAAACAGCUACUUGGUGCUCAACGAAUGCGUUGAAGUUCCAGGAACCCCUUCACAAGCGGAGGAAAAUAAUAUAUUGUUGUAUACUUCUGUCGCUUUCAACUGCCUCCUGAUCCUGGUCAUCGGCGGUCUAUUAACAUACUUGGCCUUAGACCGCAACCUUGCCAACGAGACGCCCGUUGCCUUUUAAUCGGCAGACCAGGACUCGGCCGUCGAGGAGGCAGCUAGUGAUUCCUAACUCAGCCCCGCGAGUGGCUUGUUCCAUCGCCCCGGUCCCGUGUGUGGACGCGGCCGGCGGAGCGAAGGAGACAAACGAGACAGUUGCCCAAGCAGGACCCCAGGUGAGGCCAUGGGAACGAACGAGUCACCAUGGCGGUUGAAAGAUGGUGAACAUGACUGACGCGCCCGGAUGCCACCACGCCAAGCGAAACUAAUAACACACCACAAAACUGACGAACCCGAUGCCCCUAACACAGGACUGACGAACCCGAUCCCCAUAACGCAUGAAUGACAAGCCCUAUGCCCAUAACGCAUGACUGUCCAGUUUACUUGUUUACCUGGUUCAUUUGAUACGCAGAUUUUUAUCUUUACAAACACGUUUUCGUUCAUUUCUCGGCACUGUGUAUCUUAAUGAUGACACCAUGUUUUGUUUCUCAUUGUGAUGUGUAAUGUUAAUUUUAAUGAUGUUCGUGUGUCUGUCAUUUUGUUUGUUUAGACAUUUGUUUGUGCGGGUGGAUGGGUGAGUGCCACUUUUCUUCUCACUACCGCUGACAUUUUGUCCGAAGGCGAUAACUCCCAAUCACUCGAUACGUAUUGUUUUCGCUGGCAAAGUUUCCGCUGGCUUACCUGUUUGUUUACACCUGAGCCGCGUUCCCCGUCGCCGCCUUUGGAUUUAGUGUGAAGGUAUGUAUGCGUGUUUGUUUGCGUCUCUGUAAGUAUGUAAGUCCCCCAAAAAGACCUCAGUGCCGCCGAUAAUACACUGCGGUAAGAUCCAAGUGCUACGCCGAUUUUGGAUUUAGUGUGAAGGUAUGUGUGUGUGUCUGUUUGCGUCUCUGUAUGUGUGUAAGUGCGCAUGUUUGAAUGUGCAUCUAUCUAUGUUUCGCCUGAUCUGAUUUAUUUAAAAUUAUGUAUCUUGAUUUGUAUCAGCAAUACCUUUAUAUUUCUUUCAGUUAUGAUCACUGCAAUAAAGUUCCUAACACAC